CAAAGAGAGAGAGAGAGAGAGCAGAACAACACAUAGCAGCUACUAUAUAACGUGCGUAUAUCCAAGUAAAUACUGACGGCUGCCAUCGAUUAUUUAUCAGGCUUUUGGGAUGAUGGUAAUAGUGAAUGAAGAAGAAGCGCUGCUGAAGCUACAUAAAGCGUAAGAUGUGACCAGUGUCAUGGAAUAUAAUGAAAGACUUGCUCGUUUUCGUCAGGGUCAUGUCAAUCCCUUUGACAGGAGAGAGAUCGACAGCAGCACUGAGGGGAAGGACCCUCCAAAACAUGAGGUGAGGUCGGAGAUCUUUUCCUCAGAAUCCAAAACUCAAAGUUCAGAUCGAGCAAUGGAUCUGGGCUUGGCUGAAGAUCAUUUCUCUCGACCCGUGGGUUCGUUUGUGGCAUCUGACAUAGAGCAGCUGAAACAGGCCAUAGCUGAGUGCAAGAGACUGAUCCUGGAACUUCCAGAACAUUCAGAGAAACAGAAGGACACAGUAGUCAAACUAAUCCACCUUCGGCUCAAACUACAGGAACUAAAGGACCCAGAGGAAGAUGAGCCCAACCUGCAGGUUCUAUUAGAGCAUCGCUUCUCAAAGGAGAAGAGCAAGAGUGUCAAACAGAUGUGUGACAAGUGUAGCACCAUCAUAUGGGGUCUCAUUCAGACCUGGUACACCUGCACAGGUUGUUAUUACCGUUGCCAUAGCAAGUGCAUGAAUCUUAUCAGCAAACCAUGUGUGAGGUCAAAGGUCAGCCAUCAGUCUGAGUAUGAACUCAGCAUCUGUCCUGAGGUCGGUCUAGACAAACAGGACUACAGAUGUGUGGAGUGUCGGGCACCUAUCUCUCUACGGGGUGUUCCUAAUGAGGCACGGCAGUGUGAUUAUACGGGUCAGUAUUACUGCAGCAGCUGCCACUGGAAUGACACAGCCAUUAUUCCAGCUAGAGUCAUACACAACUGGGAGUUUGAGCCCCGUAAGGUGUGUCGUACAUCAAUGCGCUAUCUUGCUCUGAUGAUGUCCAGGCCUGUGCUCAAACUGAAGGAGAUCAACCCUCUUCUCUUCAACUUUGUGGAGGAGCUGGUGGAGAUCAGAAAAUUACGGCAGGAUAUAUUGCUAAUGAAACCAUAUUUCAUCACCUGUAAGGAGGCCAUGGAAGCCCGACUCCUGCUGCAUCUUCAAGAUCGGCAGCAUUUUGUGGAAAAUGACGACAUGUACAGCCUACAGGAUCUGAUUGACACCUCCACCGGGCGUCUCAGCUGUUCCCUCACUGAGAUUCACACAACGUUUGCCAAACAUAUUAAACUGGACUGUGAGAAAUGUCAGGCCAAAGGCUUCAUGUGUGAAUUGUGUAAAGAGGGAGACAUUCUUUUCCCAUUCGACAGCCACACCUCUGUCUGUCAUGACUGCUUCGCUGUUUUCCACAGGGAUUGUUACUAUGAUAAUUCAACCACAUGUCCGCGAUGUGCAAGAAUGCUGGAACGGCAACAUGAGGAGUCUCAGAACCUGUAGAUCAGCCUGACAGAUGGAUGCAUCAUUUACUGUUACAUGUCUUCAGUCCAAAGAGAAAUUAUCCAUGUCAAACUUUAACAGUGGCAUGUUCCUCCUAAGACUGUGACUGUGAGAUCAGUUUCAUUUCUUCCUACAUGUAAUCUUUGGUAGCAUGCUCUUUAAGGGACCAGAAAAAAAUACAUAGGCAACAUUAUAUUCUACUUUAUAGUUACAUCCCCAUAAUGCACUGUGGCUUUAAAAAGAUUGUAGAUAAUAUUCUAGAACAUAUAUUGUGCAACUAUUUCUGGUUUAUGAAUAUCUCAUAAUGGAGUCUUCUGUAAUGUAAUUACUUGGUGUAAAAUUGUAUGCUAUUAAAUGGCGGAAUGCUAUUUAAUUUUCUUUGUAAUAACUGUGCAAGAGAACAUAUAAAAUGUUAUGAAGUCCAACAUCAAGAUAUCUUCACACAAAGCAUGAAUCAAAUAAAAAAAAAAUGGUAUUACUCAAGUAGAGUAAGAUGAUCGCCACACCUAAUUAUCUUUUUUUUCCUCUUCACCACAGAUAAGAUAAAUGGCUUUGAUAAUAAAUGGCUUUGCUUUUC